GGCAGACGGCCUCUCCCUCUUUGACCUCACUUCUGGUGCCUCUCCUGCCCCCGCUGCUGAUGCUGACGCCACUGUUCGCUCACAGUGGGCCACGCGCGAUGCUACUGCACGUCUUGCUGUGCGUCGCCACCUGCCUACCUCUGAGCGUGCGCACUUUAGCCAGUACAAGAGUGCUCACACCUUGUACGACGCUGUAGUUGCGCGCUACUCCUCCCCUGCCACUGCUGCACUGAGCCGCCUCAUGCUACCGGACCACUUCCUCUCAGUUUGCCCCACCACUCUCACCGUUGACCUCCUCGAGAAGGCCCUCCUAGCAGCAGAAAAGAGCAUAGUAGCUGUAGGAGCCUCUCGUGGUGACCCUCGCACCCCCAUCUUUGAGGGGUGUUCCCCCUCCCCUCUUUUGCCCUCUGUUGCCUCUGCUGCUGCGGCCGACCUCGUUGGUCUCGAGUCGGUCGGCGCUGCGUCUGCCCCGAGCGGGAGACGCCGCACCGGCAAGGGCAAGGGGGGCAAGGGUGCUGGAGGGGCUGGCGGGGGUGGCGGAGGUAGCGGUGGCGGCAGUGGAGGGGGUGGGGGUGGUGGUGGGAGUGGUGGCGGGGGUGGAGGUGUCGGUGGCGGCAGUGGAGGCGGAGGCGGCGGCGGCGGUGGCGGUGGGAGCGGAGGUGGCGGAGGUGGCGGCGGUGGAGGAGGCGACGGCGGAGGAGGUGGAGCUGGUCGGGGUGGCGCUGGGCAGAGGGUCGGCUCCGGUGGUGGUCAGCGCCAACAGCAGCAGCAGCAGCGACAGCAGCGCACUCGUGACAUCCCCCCCCCUCAGCAGCUCCGUGAGUGGUACGCUGCACGCCAGCGGGGUGGGGGUACUGGUCCGUGCACCUACGUCCUACGCACCGGCGACCGCGCGGGUGAGCAGUGCGGGGGUGCGCACUCCACCCAGCGCUGCUUUGGCCGCCUGACGGACGCUUGGUGUCACCAGUUCCCUGAGGCCACUGAGAUCCCCCGCUGGGGCGAGCUGUCUAGGGCGGGUGUAGCUGUCUUUGACCUUGAAUUUGAUGCUAUUCUUGCUGCCAUGUAUGCUGUGACUAUUAGUGAUGAGGGUGACUGUUACCGGUGUUUUCCGCCCGACCCGGGCAUUGAGACUGCUGCUCUAGGUACUGGUGAGGCUGCUGCUCUAGGUGCUAGCGAGGCUGCUGCUCUAGGUGCUCGUGCGUCUGCUCACUCAGGUGCUGGUGAGUCUGCUCUCUCAGGUACUGCGUCGGCUUCGGCCUCCCACACCUUCACCCUUGACUCGGGGGCUUCUCGCUCCUUCUUUCGAGACCGCACCACACUCACGCCGCUUGGCCGGCCAGUUGCAGUCUCUCUGGCAGACCCCUCUGGGGGUCCUGUCCUUGCUCACUUCUCCACUGUCCUCCCGUGUCCGGCGGCCCCCUCUGGCACCCUGUCUGGUCUUUACCUCCCCUCGUUCUCUACGAACUUGGUGAGUGGUGCUGACCUACAGGAUGCGGGGGUUCACCAGUUCACUCCUGCGAGUCAGCGGGUGACCCACUGCACGGACGCUCGGACAGGCCGACACCUGGCCACGUUUACACGUCGGCCGGGGUCGAGCCUGUACACACUGACCACUGCGUCUCCUCCAGUCACUGCGUCUGGUCAGGUAGCUGCGUCGGGUCAGGUGUUUGCUGCAGCGUCCAGGUCUGGUCCUGAGUCUGCCCCCUGUUCGUGUCGCCUCCUGUCGCACGAGACUCUCCUCUGGCACCACCGCCUUGGUCACCCCUCCCUGCUUCGUCUCCGAGGCAUGGCCUCCCGUGUCCUUGUCUCUGGUCUUCCCCGGUCCCUCCCUCCCCUUCCUCCGGGGCCCGGCCCUACCUGCGUCCCUUGUGUCGAGGGGCGGCAGCGGGCUGCCCCUCACUCCUCCCAGUUUCCUCCGACAGAGGCCCCGCUGCAGACGCUUCACAUGGACGUGUGGGGCCCGGCCCGCGUCCGUGGACAGGGUCACGAGCGCUACUUCCUGCUGGUGGUUGACGACUACUCGCGUUACACCACGGUCUUCCCCUUGCGCAGCAAGGGUGAUGUCACUGAGGUGUUGAUCGACUGGAUCCGCGCAGCUCGUCUCCAGCUCAGGCAGAGCUUCGGCUCGGACUUUCCUGUCCUGCGUCUGCACUCUGACAGAGGUGGAGAGUUCUCCUCUGGCCUUCUGCGAGCCUACUGUCGUGCACGAGGCAUCCGCCAGACCUUCACGCUUCCGGACUCUCCACAGCAAAAUGGGAUUGCUGAGCGCCGCAUUGGCAUGGUCAUGGACGUCGCCCGUACGUCCAUGAUGCAUGCGGCUGCCCCCCAUUUUCUGUGGCCGUUUGCGGUUCGGUACGCGGCGCAUCAGAUCGACCUUCACCCCAGGGUCUCCAUGCUGGAGACCUCCCCAGCUUUGCGAUGGACGGGGAAGGUUGGCGAUGCGUCUGCGUUCCGUGUCUGGGGAUCUCGGGCGUUUGUCCGCGACUUGUCUGCGGACAAGCUGUCCCCUCGUGCUGCUCCUUGCGUCUUCCUUGGCUUCCCCCCUGACGCGCCAGGGUGGCAGUUCUACCACCCCACCUCUCGCCGUGUUCUGUCCUCCCAGGACGUCACGUUUGACGAGUCGGUCCCCUACUACCGCCUCUUCCCCUACCGCACUCCGUCCCUCCCCCCGCCACCGCUCUUCCUUGUGCCAGGUCCCCCCCCGGUAGACCCCCUCCCCCCUCAGGGUCCUGCCCCUUCAGGUGUGUCCCAGGUAGACGCAGUCGAGCCUGUCGAGGUUACUGGUGACUCUGGUGCUGCUGAGGGUGCUGAGCCUGGGGGUGCUGACUCUGGGGGUGCUGAGCGUGUGGGUGCUACGCCUGGGGGUGCUGAGCCUGAGGGUGCUACUACUGGGGGUGCUGAGCCUGGGGGGUGA